CUCGCGAGAGUGAGCGCUGCAUAAAUCUCGCAGUGACCAUGGCUGCGCCGCCCGAUGAGGAGAGUUUGGAGUCUCGAAUCAACAGAGCAACAAACCCUCUUAACCGAGACACAGACUGGAGCAGCAUCCAUGCCUUUUGUGAUAAACUCAACAAUGAUCUGGAGGGUCCACAGCUGGCCACCAGGCUGCUGGCCCAUAAGGUCCAAUCUCCACAAGAAUGGGAGGCAAUGCAGGCUCUGCUGGUGCUAGAGACCUGUAUGAAAAACUGUGGCAAAAGGUUUCACAGUGAAGUGGGCAAGUUUCGUUUUCUAAAUGAGCUUAUUAAAGUAGUUUCUCCAAAGUAUCUUGGCUCACGGUCACCAGAACCCGUCAAAAAGAAGGUCUUGGAGUUAAUCUAUAGCUGGACAUUAGCAUUACCCGAUGAGGCCAAAAUAACAGACGCUUAUCAGAUGUUGAAAAAACAAGGUAUUAUUAAACAAGAUCCUGAGCUUCCUCCCGAUAAACUGCUGGGUCUACCUCCUCCUAGACCAAAAAACACUAUUUUUGAAGAUAAAGAAAAAUCCAAAAUGCUUUCUCGUCUGCUGAAUAGUUCACAUCCUGAAGACUUAAAAGCUGCAAACAAGCUUAUUAAAGAAAUGGUCCAAGAGGAUCAGCGACGAACAGAGAAGGUUUCCAAGCGAGUCAAUGCAAUUCAGGAGGUAAAUGAAAGUGUGGCUCUUCUCACUCAACUCUUACAAGAAUACGACAGUAACACUAGCUCCCCGAGCAACGCUGAACUUCUCCAGGAUUUGUACCAGCGCUGUGAAAAAAUGAGACCUACACUGUUUAGACUGGCCAGCGACACAGAAGACAGUGACGAAGCAUUAGCUGAGAUCCUGCAGGCAAAUGAUAAUUUGACUCAAGUUAUUAACCUUUAUAAGCAGCAGGUGAAGGGAGAGAUAGUCAAUGGGAACACACCGGGUAUUCAGAAGCAAACUGGAGGAACUGCUUUAUUAGAUCUAUGUGGACUAGACACGUCGCCUCAGUCUCCCCCAGAAUUUCCUACUCCAACGGAGAGCCUAAACGCCCCCUCUCAGGAGAUGAAGAUCAGUCUCCUUGACGAUGAACUCAUGUCUCUGGGUUUAAGUGAGGGGGGACACACAUCCAAUCCCACCUCACAGCCCGAUGACUCCACAGCGUGGGACUCAUUCCAGUCUUCAGAAAGCAUCGAUGCGGAUAUCCCAGCAGCCCCCAGUCUCCUGCUGAGCCCCGACCCCCCGGCCUCCUCCCUCAGCCGAUCCAGCACCUCCACCCCAGGGAACUCCGCAUUAGAUGAGCUGGAUCUGCUUGGAAAGACUUUACUACAGCAGUCUUUGCCUCCAGAGGGACCUCAUGUGAAAUGGGAUAAGCAGCAGACCAAACCCACCCUGAGAGAUCUGCAGAAGUCCAGCCUGAGUCCUGGCCUGAUCCCUCCUUUUCCCUCUGAACCAGCGAGUUCUCUGCUUAACCUCCAGACCAGCCCCGCGGCAACGCUCCUGGACAUGUCCCCAACGCACACUGAAGCCCCGCCCACUCACAUAGAGACCACGCCCCCUCCGGUCACUCUGGCUGAUGUUUUCGUACCUUUAGAAUCCAUUAAACCCAGUAGUCUAUUACCUGUGACUGUGUUUGACGGACACAGUUUGCGGGUUCUGUUCCACUUUGCUCAAAACCACCCUCCGUCUCGUCCUGAUGUGUUGGUGGUGAUCAUCUCCAUGCUGUCCUCCGCGCCUUCCCCCGUUUCCAAGAUAAACUUUGACGUCCAAGCUCCAAAAUUCAUGGCAGUGAAGUUACAGCCUCCGUCGGGGACAGAGCUUCCAGCGUUUAACCCAAUCCUCCCUCCUGCUGCUGUCACACAAAUCUUACUGCUGGCGAACCCAACAAAGGAGAAGGUGCAGCUGCAGUACACUUUAGCCUUCACACUGGGAGAGCAGGAGCACAGGGAGAGCGGCACUUUAGAACAAUUUCCUCCUCCGGACACCUGGGACAACCUAUAGCAUUUAAAUGCCCCAAACUGAAAGACUUUCUGCUUCCUCUUCAAACGACUCAACUCUUCUCCAAAUACAACACUUCUGUUUUAAAUUAAUGCAUUUUUUCCCUCGUGCCGUGUGUAUGCUUUCACAUCCACGUGUGUCUAGAUCUAGUCUGCUGUAUGUGCCUGCUUCACCUGCAACUUUAGCCUAACUUUAUCCUGUCUGAUUAGGGGUGAAUCAUUUGGUGUGCUUCAUUUUGGGAUCUUUUUUUAAAAUUCCAUUUUCAUUUUGCAUGCUCAGUGCACUAAGGAUUAGAUUCACGUCAUUCAAGUGCAUCUUCUAAAACGAGAAUGAACUUCAAAAUACUUUAUUCUGGCCCAAACAGGAGAAUUUACUGUAUCAUCAGCCGUAUGUGCCUCUUUUGCAGAACUUUUCAUUUUACAUGUUACAUGUCCACAAUAAUAUUCUGUAACUUUAUAUUCGCAUUUACAUUUUGGUCAGAUGAAACGGAUGGGAACUUGUUUUGCGCUGCAUGUCGCUCAUGUUGGAUUUCAUUCCUCUGCCCUCAACAUGUAAAUAACAACUAUGGAAAUUAUGUAGAACAUUCUGAAUGGAUUUUUUUUUCUUUUCUGGAACAUGGGAAGUAUUUGGAAGUACAGAUGUGAGUAAAAUAAGCAUUUAACCAGUUCAAACUGUUACUGUUAAUAUAAUGUGGAAAAAUAAAGUAAUAAAUAAUUUCAAUACAACUUGG